AUGGCCAGCAGGAAUGUGACCAUAGAUGUGAUCUUCUUAACACAGACUGUGGUUGGACUCCUGGGGAAUUUCUCCCUUCUUUGCCAUUAUAUCAACCUUUACUUCACUGGGUGCAGGUCACGGUCCACAGACGUGAUUCUUCAGCACCUGAUUGUGGCCAACUUCUUGGCCCUUCUCUCUAAAGGAGUCCCCCAGACCAUGGCAGCAUUUGGGUGCAAAUUUUCCCCCAGUGAUUUUGGAUGCAAACUUAUUUUCUUUCUUCACCGAGUGGGGAGGGGAGUGUCCAUGGGGAGCAUCUGCCUCUUGAGUGUCUUUCAGGUGAUCACGAUCAGCCCCCAGAACUCCAGGUGGGCAGAGCUUAAAGCAAAAGCUCCCCAGCACAUUGUUCCCUCGAUGUGCCUGUGCUGGAUGCUCCAAAUGCUGGUCAAUGUCAUUUUUCCUCUCUAUGUAAAUGGCAAAUUGAGUGACAAAAACCUAACGAAGACUAGAGAUUUGGGAUACUGUUCUGCUGUUUGUCAUAACAGAACUAAUGAUACAUUGUAUGCAUUACUGCUGUUACUCCCUGAUGUUUCAUGUUUGGGUCUCAUGCUCUGGGCCAGCGCCUCCAUGGUUUUCCUCCUGUACAGACAUAAGCAGCAGGUCCAGCACAUUCGCAGGAACAUCAUCUCCCCCAGGUCCUCGCCUGAGUCCAGAGCUACCCGAACCAUCCUUCUCCUGGUGAGCAGCUUUGUCUAUUUUUACACUCUUUCCUCCAUCUUUCAAGUUAUUUUGACUUUUUUUGAUAAUCCCAGCUGGUUCCUUGUAAAAAUUUCUGCAAUCAUGGCUGCGUGGUUCCCAACAGUGAGCCCCUUUCUGCUCAUGAGCCGUGACUCCACUGUACACAGUCUCUACUUUGCCUGGAUAAGGAAUGCAAAAUCACCAGCUAUUAUAAGAAGUAUGCAAAUUGUAUAUCUUUCUACAAUGCACAGUUUCCAAUUGUUCAUUCACUUGCUCAUUCAUCUCUAA